AUGGACGUUGCCGGCUUGCGGGACCGGAUUCAGGCCACACUCGACGCGAACGCCGUCGUCAGACAGCAAGCCGAGCUCGACCUCAAGCAUGCUGAGGAAAAGCCAGGCUUCACUGGCGGCCUGCUAGACAUCCUCGAGCAGGAGCAGAACAAUGCCGUCCGUCUGUCAACCGUCGUCUACCUCAAGAACCGCAUAUCCAAGGGCUGGUCGCCGGCCGAGGAGUACAGCCAGGCCACGCCCAUACCAGAGGAGGAGAAGACUGCCUUCCGCAACCGCCUGGUCCCCGUCCUCGUCGCCUCUCCGCCCCAGGUGCGCCUACAACUUAUUCCUACCCUCCAGAAGAUACUCGCAUACGACUUCCCCGCCAAAUGGCCAGACUUUCUCGACAUCACCGUCCAGCUGCUGAAUGCCGGAAACAUUGAGUCGGUGUUUGCGGGUGUGCAGUGCUUGCUGGCGAUAUGCAAAAUCUACCGGUUCAAGUCGGGCGAGAACCGCGCAGACUUCGACAAGAUAGUCGCCAUGUCGUUCCCGCAGCUGCUCAACAUUGGCAACUCGCUCGCCGGCGAGACAAGUCUGGAGGCGGGAGAGAUAUUACGGACCGUGCUCAAGGUGUACAAGCACGCCAUCUACUUCGAUCUCCCCGCAUCGCUCCGCGAGCAACAGGUCAUGGUUGGCUGGUGUACACUCUUCCUAACCGUAGUAGGCAAAGAGCCCCCUGAGUCAUCCCUCCCCGAAGAUCUCGACGAGCGCGAAGUAAAUCACUGGUGGAAGGCGAAGAAGUGGUCUUAUGCCAACUUGAACCGGUUAUACGUCAGAUAUGGCAACCCCUCUGCCUUGGGCAAGAACAACGAGAUUGACUACACCGAGGUUGCCAAGAACUUUAUCGCCAACUUUGCGCCCGAGAUUCUCAAGAUCUACCUGCAGCAGGUUGAGAAGUGGGUCGGAAAGCAGGUGUGGCUGUCAAAGGCCAGCUUGUAUUACACACUCAACUUCCUCGACGAGUGUGUCAAGCCCAAGACUAUGUGGGCUCUCCUGAAGCCGCACACGGAAAACCUGAUUGCGCAUCUCGUGUUCCCGGUACUUUGCCAGUCGGAUGAAGAUAUCGAGCUGUUCAACGAGGAGCCGCAAGAAUACCUGCACCGGAAGUUGAACUUUUACGAGGAUGUGACCGCGCCCGAUGUUGCUGCUACAAAUUUCCUCGUCACGCUUACAAAGAGCCGCCGCAAGCAGACGUUUACCGUGCUGAACUUUGUCAACGAGGUCGUCAACCGCUACGAGGCUGCCCCUGACAACGAGAAGAACCCGCGAGAGAAGGAGGGUGCGCUGCGUAUGAUUGGCACCCUGUCUGGCGUCAUCCUGGGCAAGAAGAGUCCAAUUGCAGACCAGGUUGAGUAUUUCUUCGUACGACAUGUGUUCCCCGAGUUCCGAAGUCCCCACGGUUUCCUUCGUGCGCGCGCAUGCGAUACCCUGGAGAAGUUUGAGCAGCUUGACUUCAAGGACCCCAACAACCUCAUCAUCAUCUACCGCAACAUCCUCGAGUCCAUGGCCGACCCCACUCUUCCCGUCCGCGUGGCCGCCGCCCUGUCGCUCCAGCCGCUCAUCCGUCACGAUGUCAUCCGAACCAACAUGAAGCAAAAUAUCCCUCAGGUCAUGCAGCAGCUCCUGAAGCUCGCAAACGAGGUCGAUGUUGACGCCCUGUCAAACGUCAUGGAGGAUUUUGUCGAAGUCUUCGCCCCAGAAUUGACUCCCUUCGCCGUAGCGCUCAGUGAACAGCUGCGUGACACGUAUCUGCGCAUUGUGCGGGAGUUGGUUUCCAGAAAUCAAGAAAAGGGCGAGGACAGCGAGUACGGAGACUUUCUCGACGAGAAGAGCAUCACGGCGCUUGGUGUCUUGCAGACGAUUGGUACUCUGAUUUUGACUCUGGAGAGCACUCCCGACGUCCUCUUGCACCUCGAGACUAUUCUUAUGCCUGUCAUUACUAUUACGCUCGAGAACAAGCUUUACGAUCUGUACAACGAGGUCUUUGAGAUCAUUGACAGCUGCACAUUUGCCGCCAAGAGCAUCUCGGGCACCAUGUGGCAAGCCUUUGAGCUGAUACAUAGGACUUUCAAGGCUGGCGCUGAGCUCUACCUCGAGGAUAUGCUUCCUGCACUGGAGAACUUUGUCAACUACGGAACUCCCAUGUUGGUUCAGAACCGAUCGUAUCUCGAUGCCAUUGUCGACAUGGUCAGGACUAUUUUCAAGGAUGACAAGGUCGGCGGUGUCGACCGGAUUUGCGGCUGCAAGCUGGCUGAGAUUAUCAUGCUCAACAUGCGCGGCUCUGUCGAUGACUACAUCCCAGAGUUCAUUGGGCUGACGAUGCAUGUGCUCACAAACGAAGAGCCAAAAGUCAAGUCCCUGCGGAUACAUCUAAUGGAGGUGGUCAUCAACUCCAUCUACUACAACCCCGCGUUGGCAUUACAUGUUCUCGAGAGCAACGGCUGGACGAAUAAGUUCUUUAGUCUCUGGUUCUCGAGCAUCGACCACUUCACCAGAGUCCAUGACAAGAAGUUGUGCAUCUCGGCAAUCUGUGCGCUCCUCACGCUAAGAGCUCAGGAUGUGCCUGUCAGUGUACAGCAAGGCUGGCCACGUCUGCUGCAGGGUGUUACGCGCCUCUUCCAGACGCUCCCCGCCGCUCUCAAGAACCGUGAGGAAGCCAAGAAGGAAGAUGCGUUUGACUACUCUGCCGAAUUCGAAGAGGAAGAGGACGACGAGUGGGAACACGAAGCCGACUGGAGCAACGAAGCCGAUGAGGCCGAGGAUGUCAAGGAUGAGAGCGCCGCUUAUCUCGACUUCCUGAAUGAAGAGGCACAAAAGUUCAGCUCAGUCGAGGAUGACGAUGACGACGAGCUGGAAGAGGAAAGCCUCCUGGAGACUCCUCUCGACAAGGUCGAGCCAUAUGGCAUGUUCAAGCAUGCGUUGUUGCGUCUACAACAAGAGCAGCCCGCGCUGUACGAAGAUCUCACCAAAAAUCUGAGCCCGGAGGAGCAACAAAUAGUGCAAGGCGCCGUGCACCAGGCCGAUGUUAUCGCACAGAUGCAGGCCGAAGCACGAGCUGCUGCUGCCAACGGCCAACUCGCACCGCUGCCGCAGUAG